AUGCCUGGUCGAUGGUGGGGCAAAGCACCGUUAUCAAUAACCCAGGGCAACGGCUGUCUACCGAAGCGACUCGAUUCCAUCAGAGACGAAGAUCCCCAGACAGGCGAGAGUAGUUCGGUGCUAGCUGCAACGGGAAGUUUCGCGAGGACAUCUUGGCCCAAGGCCCGACGUUCACUGAUUAUGCGACUGCUGUUCUGCAUCCUCUGUUUCACCCUCAUUAUCGCGGGCGAGCUCGUGGCCGCGGCUAGGCCAGCCAGAUCCCUGACGUUUCGAAAGGGUAGCUCCUUUUUCUACAGGAUCAAUUACAAGAUCCCGUCGGUGCCUUACACGGCGAUCUUCGCUGCGGCGGCUGGUUUCAAGCUGGUGUGGCAGCUUCCGAGCGGGUCCGAGGCCACCAGAAUCGGUAGGUCCAUCACCGACGUUCACCAGGCUGUGGAGCUCGUCUACGAGAGCCAAGGAUUUAAUGGAAGAUCGUGCCUGCUGAAGAAUAUCUGUCAAGCGAUGGAGUAUGUGAGCCAGAGGGACGGAGUGAUAGCGAAGAUAUUAAAAUUGUUGGUCGGAUCGUAUACGAGCAAUAGCUCGUCGACGGGGCCUCUUUACUGCGACGUUCACGUCAAGAAUUGUCCCCUCGAAUUUAUCGGGAUUGACGAUUUUAUUGAGCAAUAAACCUAAUCGUUCCCGAAAAUUGUAGGCAAAGCUGAGGAGGACCCAUGGAAUCGUACGUAAAGAUAAUAAAGUGACGU